AUGGCGAGUAACUCCUCGGCAGGAAAGGAUGAAUGGCUUGUUGGGCUUCAGCAGUUUAUCAACACACGACUACGGACAAUACCAUUCGCUGCCGCCGCACGGGUACGGCCACAGGUGUCAGUGCCGCUGCCGCUACCGAACACACAGUACCUAAUUGACGGUCUAAUGUGGAGUGUGAGAGACUGCGCUGCGUGGGCGGCCGAUGCGUGGCUAUGCGCACAGAGUCAUCUGCACGCCUGCACACAGCGCUAUGCGAAACUGAAUGAAACCCUGACAUACAAUGCGCAACAACGGCAGGGCGGGCGGGAGUCAAAGCAAGGCGAAGAUAGCGCUGCCGAGAGGGAGAGGAUGUACGACUGCCACGCGCUUAUACAAGAUAUUUACAUUGCGUUCUGUCUAGUUGAUGCCUUCCUUCGCCACAUGAGCGAGGUGUCCAAGAGUGUGAAGGAGUUGGUGGAAAAGGAACUGCCGCGGCUGGUGGCGGAUCAUAUGCCCCUGUGGGAACCAGUCCAUAACCACUACGCCGAGGAAGCUGUUGAAGACCACAGGCUGCUUUUUCUCGACUUGCUACGGUCGUGGACAGUGACAGGCUUGCUCCGCCCUGAUACUCAGCGCCGCAUAGAGGAGUACGUGCGCCACAAGCUCAAAACGGUGCGCGAAGCUAUUGCCGAUUCCAGCCGCCGUAGCAAUGACGGUCAAGUCGCAGUUUCCAGCAGAAGGGAGAGGCAGAUAAGGGCUAUCAGUUCUGGGCUACGGGCGUUCCUAUACAAUACUGCGGAGCAAAAGCAGCAACAGCAGUUGUCGGUGCCGCUGCCAUCAGAAGGUAAAAGUGGGGAACGAACGAAUGCUGUGGACGCCGUCCGGCUUACAAUGGCAAGCUUUGUCUCGGCGAUUUUCCCGAGCUCACGCACCGAAGCGGGGCGAUACCGUUGCGCUCAUUGUGGUUUGGUCCUAAAGAACGCUAGCGCGAAGACAUCACACUAUCGCUACCACUUCUGCAGCAGGAGCUAUAACACAGAGUUAAAAAUUGUACGACUUCCGUUUCCGGCCUUGGAGGAUUACAUAUCCCACGAGGUGGACUGUGGCGAGACCGGUAGCUUUGUGAGGGUAACUCACGACAUGUUAGACGUCUUUCGAUCACCGCAGAACCGAACUGUGAGGGUUCGCGAAAGAAUAUCACGUGAAAAGCCCAAAUAA